CUGAAACGGCUGAGUGUGACAGCACCAAACCAGAGGAGGAGGAGGAGGAGGAGGAUCGAAGAGUCAGAAACAAGGAAGAAAAUGAGGGAAGGCGGACCGAGAGGAAGAAAGGGGUGGGAGCAUCAGAAACCUGGAAAGUGGACUACAGAGGGAAGGAAAUAGGAGAACUGACGGAGUCAAUAAAGGAGAGGAGAGAGUCAAGUCGAGCAAAAAAGAAGCAUUCCUCCAGCAGCGGCAGUGAUCCAGGCUGGGAGGGGGCGAGAAGGAGAUAGUGGGUUUUGUUUCCUGGGUAAGGAAUCUGAAGACUCCCUGGAGAGGAAAGGGAACAAGAAGAACUUCUGCAGCCUCUGUGUGUCCUGCAGAGGAAGAUGGAUUCAGACUCCGGAGAGCAGAGCGAUGGAGACAUUUCUCCAGGACCAGAGAGCUUUAACUCACGCUCCUUGGCCAUGCAAGCUCAGAAGAAGAUCCUGAGCAAGAUGGCGACUAUGGUGGUGGCCAACAUGCUGACGGACGACACCAGCAGUGAGAUCCUGGACGAGCUCUACAAGGCCAGCCGAGAGUUCACCAAGAGCAAGAAGGAGGCUCACAAGAUCAUCAAAGAUGUCAUCAAGAUUGCCCUGAAGAUCGGCAUUCUCUACCGAAACCACCAGUUCAGUCCAGAUGAGCUGGACACAGUGGAGCGCUUCAAGAAGAAGAUGAACCAGGCGGCUAUGACAGCCGUUUCUUUCUACGAGGUGGAGUACACCUUUGACAGGAAUAUUCUGUCGGAGCUCUUGCUGGAGUGCAGGGACCUUCUUCACACCCUGGUCGAGCAGCACCUGACGGCUCGCUCGCACGCUCGCAUCGAUCACGUCUUCAACCAUUUUGCUCACUGCGAGUUCCUGGCUGAGUUAUACGGCGAUGGAGAGGAAUACAGAGUGUCUCUGAGAAAGAUCUGCAACGGCAUCAACAAACUGUUGGAUGAGGGGACACUUUAACCCUCCGAAUGUCUCAUCUCUGCCCUCACUAGCACCUCUGUCUCACCCUCUGCCUGUGUCCGGUCUUUGCCAUUGCAUCACGCAGCCACCAGCCCUUAUCUCUACUUCAGUGAAACUAGUUGUAACACUCUGCUGCUGUGGUUCAUUGAGAGUUUCAUCUUCAGACUUUCCUCUCAGAGAAUCGACGCCACACACUGGGACUGUCUGCGUCACAACGUAUGCAUUACACCGAUCCAUUAUUUUUGUGUGAAAUGAUGUACUGUACCAUUGGCCAAAAACAAGCAUUAUAUAUACAGUAGAGAGAGAAUGAAUCAGUCAUAUAAAUCAGUCACUGUCAGUUUUUUGUGUGUGAGAUUUGCUUAAAACCUCUGAUUGUACAUAAGGCCGACCACGAUAAUGAUGUGUAUCUGUGCCAACAUUCUCUGCAAGAGUGCAACGUGUCUUUAUUAAAGAUUCUUGU